AUGGAUGGCAUCUCGUUAACCCCAGUGGUAGAUCCCAAGGGGAAAUCCAAGGCGAAAACGCGGUAUCUGAAGCGUAAAAAAUCACGACGAAAAGCUAGAAAAUCUGCGGCCCCAAAACAGGCUAGCAAUGUGGCACACCGUCAGGAAGAGACUGACGAAGAGGAAAGCAAUAACACUGAAAGCGAAGACAAUGCGCCUCGAGAACAACUUCCAGAUGCUAGCCAGUCAAAGAAGCUGCAAGGGACACAGGAGGGCGGGAGAGAAGAGAGACCAAAAAAGAAACGGAAGUUGUCAUUGUCACAUCCUGAGGAAGGGGGUGAUUGCAUGUCAGACGUUGAGGUAGUGGAAGUGGCUAACGAAGUAGAAGCUCCGCUAGGCCUCGCUGCAGCGCCGCAAAUCUCCAAGUCCCCAGAACCGCAGAUGUCCCUGGCAGUAUUCCCCCUUCCGACUUUACUUGACGCACCGCCUAAAUCUAUACUCGCAUUGCAAGGUCUUGACCAAGCUUUAGUUGAAGCUGAAGUUGUCAAUCCCUCCUCUCGACUACCGAUAAUAUCCAAUGGAGAUGAUACUCGCACUGGUCUAUCCGAGAGGACAAGAAAACGCCUCAUAGAACUAGGGAUUACUGAACUAUUUGCUGGUUCCUCCGUCAUGCGGAGGUCCCUGUACGCACCGUUUGACCCGUUACAGGAUGUAUGUGUUUCUGCCCCAACUGGAAGUGGGAAAACGCUUGCGUAUGUGCUCCCAAUCGUUGAGAUUCUGUCAACAAGAAUUGUAACUCAUCUCCGUGCCCUCAUCGUUCUCCCGACGCGUGACUUAGUCACGCAAGUUCGAGAAACAUUAGAAGCGAUAGCAAAAGGACGGGGUUUGAAGAUCGGCGCAGCCACCGGACAGCACUCGUUUGCUCAUGAGCAGUCACAAUUAGUUGCGGACAUGUCGAAAAAACUCUCUGGUGGAUCGAGUAAAGUUGACAUCUUGAUCUGUACACCGGGGCGCCUCAUCGAUCAUCUCAACGGAACGCCCAAUUUUUCUCUACAACACCUCCGCUUCCUGGUAAUAGAUGAAGCCGACCGAUUGAUUGCUCAGUCAUUCCAAGAUUGGCUGGCUCAAGUUCUUGCCGCUACGCGACCAUCUCCCAGAAUUGUCCCUCAGAUUACUGAGACCAAUGUCUCAGACCUUUGCGAUUCUCUUGCUCCCACUUUUCUUCACCUUCACAGGGAAGCAGACCUACACACCGAGGUUGAUGAAAAGAAAGACGUGUCAUGUCAGAAAUUAUUGUUUUCUGCGACACUUACAAGUGACCCGGGAAAGCUUGCGGCCCUGGACCUCCGAAAACCAAAAUACUUCGUUGUGCAAGGUCAAUCUGAAGAAUCAGAAAUUGAUGGUAUUCCAAAUGUUAUUUCGGAACGGUUCACCAUGCCCGAAGAACUAAAGGAGCACAUGAUAAUAUGUGAAGCCCCUCAGAAACCAUUGAUGCUCUUCCAUCUUGUGCACAACCAUUCCGUCCGCAACGCACUUGUUUUCACCAAAUCGGCCGAGUCGGCGUCUCGUCUCGUCCGUCUGUUCGAAUUUUUCGAGGCCGCUACCUCCUCCGGCAAUCCGAUUGCCGUUCGGUCAUACUCGAGUGACCUUCCGACUAACGAGCGCAGGACUAUAUUGGAGAAAUUCAAGACACAAGAAGUCCAUCUGAAAACUUGUAUCGACAUCAGCCAUGUAUCACACGUAGUGAGUUAUGAUGCACCGGUGGAUAUAAGAAAAUACGUACACCGAGUCGGUCGAACUGCUCGAGCAGGGAGAACUGGAGACGCUUGGACGUUGGUCGAAGAACAGGAGGCACACUACUUCAAAUCUAUGUUAAGAAACGCCGGUCACUUGGAAAGGGUCCAACGGAUCAGAAUAUCAGAGAAAGACACGGCUUCGCUUUCAUCAGCAUAUGAGAUAUCUCUGCGGAGCCUUCGCGACGCGUACACACGAUAG